UGUACGUUGAAGAGCGGAAUAAAGCGCACGAACACGCGGUCCGGUGUUACUACUACCGGCACAGGCGAGUCUAUCUGCCUCGUAGCCCGAGCCAGUUGCCAGCGCGCCAGCCAGCCCCGUCCAUCCAAUCGCCCAGCUCACGAGCCGGCCUCGUGUGCGCGCGCGACACCCCGACAGAAAAGGUUCGUUUUCCUCGCCGGUGGCUCGACCGAUCAUGUCGAGGCGGGGCUUAUCGUGAACUUUAGAGCCUGUACAUUCCUUGGAAGCUGAAAACACGGCAAGCACACAAACGGCUUCGGCUUUUUACACGCGAUUAUUUCGGGUCCCCAGUCUGCUGCUGCUACUGCUACUGCUGCUGCUGCUGCUGCUGCUGCUGGCUGUCGUUCCUAUUGCCGAGAUCAGCCCUGCAGAAAAUGGAUACCGCACCAGUGUAAUAGAGAGACAGAGCGAAACAAAUAUAUAGAAAAACAAGCUUGAAAAAGAAAGAGAGAGUGGGAAAAAGAUAGAAAGAGAAAUAAAGGCCACGCAACUACUACGACUACGACGAGGACAACGACUACGGUUAUAAACUGAGAAAGCAGGACAGAGGGAGAGAAAACGAGCGAGGGCGAGAGAGUAGUAAAUCGUAUGUACGAAGUGUAUAUAUGAUAUAUCGAAGCGAAAAGCAAGAGAAACAUUCGUGCACGGGUUAGCCUCGGGAGACCGGGUUAAAAGACUCGUUGUCGUCCUCCGAGCACACGUUUUGUCUGUCUUGUCAUCGACAGACAUAAGUGAAAUUUGCAUCUAGAAAUAUCGACAACGCGACAACAACGAUUACGACCACGACGGCGACGUAUUUGCCAUCGAGGAGGCACGGAUAUGCCUCGCUCGUCGGUGCUGUGACACGCGCCGCGCCGUGUGCUGGCUGAACCUCCCGGAAGAGAGCGUGGGCCUCCGUCUCAAAAUACUGUGCGGUUUCUACCGCACGCUCGAGAGCCAAAUUGUUAUAAACUAUAAAAAUGCCUCGAGUAAGGAGACAAGUGGUCUUAGAAGAUCCUGCUAGGCCUGUCACACCAGAUAUGGUGGAGACUAAAUUACUAAAGGAAGAAUUUUUAGAUGAGAGUUCUUUGGAUGAAGUACAAGCACAAAAAGUAGCUGAAGAAACACCAAGUCCUCAUCUUCAAGACCACCAAUAUGGACAAACACCUUGUUAUCAAGUAACAAGGAAACCUACACAACCACCACCACGAACUGAACAAAUUUCAGUUCAAGCAGUGAAACGAAGACUGAAUUUGGAAAUGGGAACUACAGGCCCUAGCCAAUCUGCUUUUAAAGCUCCUAGAGGUAAACGUAGAAAAUCUGGAUCAAGUUCUCUAGCUGGCCAUACACCUACAAAAAGUAAAACAGUAGAGAGAACGCGGUACGAUACAUCACUGAGCUUACUUACAAAAAAGUUCAUACAUUUAGUUGAAAGCAGUCAAGAUGGUGUUGUAGAUUUAAAUGUAGCAUCUGAAAAAUUAGAAGUACAGAAACGUCGUAUUUACGAUAUUACAAAUGUAUUGGAAGGUAUAGGUAUUUUGGAAAAGAAAAGUAAAAACAAUAUACAAUGGAAAGGCGGUCAAUUACCAAAUGAAAGGAACGAUAUCGCUGAUCUCAGAAAAGAAGUGGCAGAUUUAGAAGCUAAAGAAAAUACUUUGGAUCGAUUAAUUCAUGGUGCAGAUAAAAAUCUUAGGGAGCUCUGUGCAGACAGACAAUACGCUUAUGUAACGUAUCAUGAUUUACGUUCUGUCCCAAUGUACAAAGACCAAGCUAUAAUGGCAGUGAAAGCUCCACCAGAAGCUACACUUCAUGUUCCACAACCUAUUAAUAAUCUUGGUCAACAAAAGCUUCAAAUGCAUAUGAGGUCAUCUCAUGGUGAAAUAGAGGUAUUUCUUUGUCCUGAUGAUCCUGCAGUUAAAACGUCUCCCACUCCGGGUUACACGACGACGCAACCUGUGCCUUCGUCAAAAGAAUCCGAAAUACCUUGUCUCCCUCCUGAACUGCUGGCCAAUGGAGGAAGCGGGGUUCGGGUUGAACCAGUACCUUCUAUCGAAAGUUCGUUGAGUACUCGUUUGUGUACUCCGGUUAUAUCUACAGUUACCAGUUUAGCAGGCAUGAGGGACGCGCUUUUGUGUGAAUCCGAUGAUUAUGGACCAAUGGGUGGUGGCAAAUUCCAACUCCAAACGGAGGAUCAAAUUAGCACUCCAGAUCUAAGUAUUCUCGAUUUUGGUGAGCAUCUACUGUCCCUGGAACCGCCUCUUUCUGAAAACGACUAUUCGUUCUCGUUAGGCACAGAGGAAGGGCUUUCGGAUCUCUUUGAUUUCAAAUUCUAAAGGAUAUCGUCCUAAUUGUCGUCGUCGUGACACGCAACACUACAUUCACACGCAUACCUGUCUUUUUUUUUUUUUUUUGGAGUAUACCACUCUGAGUUCGCCUCCUUAACAUUCGAAUGGAUAGCGAUCACUCGGUUAAUCCAAUAUUAAUACGCUUUUCUAUUUCGUACCGAUUAGCAAUUUUUAACAAUUAAGGGAACGAUCGAGCAGAGAAAUGUUAGAUUGUUUGAAUAGAAAUAGAUAGAAACAGGGAAAAUUUGAUAAUUACUUUUAAAAAGCGAAAUCAAAUUCAUGGCACAAUCCAUGGAAAAUCGACACGCCGUUGAAUGUUUUUUUUUUUUUUUUUUUUUUUUUAAAUAAAAUAUAAUUUUGCGCUUCUUAAUUUUUACGGAGAAAAAGAAAAAAUGAAUGGAAAUACAUUGGAAAAAUGUAUAUAGAUAUUAUGAUGUUAUAAUCGAAUAAUAUUUUGUCAAAGAUGCGUCUCGAAUUGAGUUUGUUCUUUGAAAACAAACAUUUUCAUAAAAAUCAACUGCAUACAACGUAUCACGAUUCGCUUUGGGAAAUUCGUUUCUGCAUGAAAAAAAAGAAAAGCAUUAAAUAAUGGGGGGAGGGGGGAGGGAGAAACAUAUCACGGCAAUGAUUAAUGCGCACGGUGAGUACUUCCGGCUUGAUACGGUCGUAACCGAUUAAGUUUCUGGGAUGAUAACUUGUAAAGCUGCUCUGACGGUAUUGAGCCGUUUUCUUGUGCAAUGUGUAAUAAUAUUGUAAAUGAUGUAAACGUAUGAAGGCUUAGAGAAAGAGUAAGAAGGAUGAAAUAGAUGGAAGAGGAUAUAUUUGAAGUUUCAAAGAGAGGAGAGACUGGACUCGUGUCGACGAAUAACUACGAUAUUUUCUUUAUAUAUAUACAUAUAUAUAUAUAUAUAUUUUUCCUUUUCUUUUUUUUUUUUUUUUUUUUUUUUUUUCGUUUCUAUGGUUAAUUAUAUGGAAUUGUAUAAUAAAAAUUAUUAUUAGAAACGUGAAGUAGCGUACGCAGAUAAAAAAUGUAAUUUCAAUGAAAGAAAUCCCUCCUAGAGUAAUGUUUAUAUCGACGUGAUAUGAAAAAAGAAAAAAGAAAAAAAAUAAGAACAACGGGGAUAAAUCUUUUCCGGAUGGUUGCCUUCUCUUGUCACUUGGACUGAUUCUUCUUUUCUAAAUCGUGUGCUUAAACCGAGAGACCGCCGUCCGGAAGGAUAACGUUGUAAUUAUUAAAAAUUUUUGUCGAGGAGAUCGAUGCGUACAGUAGGCUUUAUCGACGAAUAAAUUGUUUGUAAAAAGAUGAAAGUGAAGACAAAAAGAGAGAGAGGAGAGAGAGAGAGAGAGAAAGAAAGUGUGUGUGUGUGAAAGAAAAAGAGAGAGAGAGAGAGAGAAAGUUGAAGAAAUGAUGAAAAUGCGAACGGUUGAAAGGCAUAGUUUUUAUUCUAUAUACUUUUGUAAUCGGUCGACUUUUCUGAGUAGGGAGCGAAAAUUUGUACAGUUCGAUGCAUGAGAGAAAAAAAGCACGAGGUGAAAUAGAGAAAAAGUAUAUAAUGAUUAUCUAUCGGUGCGGAUGAUUCUUUUAUGGCAUGUAAAAAUUACAUACAUAAGAAACACACGUACACAAACAUUAUCAUCUCACGAUAUGGUCCUAUCGAAGAAAAUAUUAUUAUUCCGGCUAAAAAAUAAAUAGAUCAUCAUCAUCGUAUUGGAUUAGCUUCAUUGACAAUGUCGUAGCGAACAUGGAGACGAACUCGAGCAUACGAUGGAAAAAAAAAAAAGAAAGAAGAAAAUUGCAAAAGCAGAAAAUCUUAGGCUGUAUUUAUAUUGCAUGUAAACGCAUCUAUACGUAUUCAAUUCGAGUCGUAACGAUGAAAAAUGUCUAAGAUUCUUUUUCAGGAUACAAUGUUAUUCUGGAACUGAUUUAUAAAAAGGGGUUUUUCGAGAGGAAUUUUAUACCGGUGCACCUUGACUUUUGCCGCGUGAAACGGCGGUGGAAAAGAAAAAAUGAAGUUUGUAGGCUGAUUUCAGUAGAAAUUUCAUUGAAACAAAGAUGUAUCAAUUAUAAAUAUUGUUCCUGAAGAAGUCGAGGUUGUACUGGAUGGAAUUGUCUCAGUUGGAAGUCUCUUAAGGAUGUACUCUAAACGUACAACUUAGUGUACGUCCAAAGCCAUAGUGCCUACACAAUAAUGAUCAUACCCUUCUGCAAAACUGUAUAUAAUUUACAUACUAUAUAAAAAUAUAUAAAUAAAUAUAUAUAUAUAUAUAUAUACAUUAUAUAUAUAUACACACACAGACAGGCAAAAUGUAAGAAUGUGACGACCCCGAAGGACAAAGAAAAAAUAUAAAGAAAAACCGGAUGCUGUGGACACCUCAUUGCGAUUAUCAUGAAAUAUCGAUUAGUUAGUUUUAAUUACAAAUAAUAAUUAAUUAUUGAAGCAUUACACGAGAAAAAUGUUAGUUUAUAAAUUCACUUAUUAUAUAUAUGUACAUGUAUAUAUACUAUAUGUAUAUGUAAUAAGUAUGUAUGUUUUAUAGUCAAACGAAUAUUGUGCAGAAUAAGAAUUGAAUUCUAAUUACUUGGAUAAGUUGGAAAACUAUUUUCCUUCUUAUUUUUUCUUCUUUUUUCUUUUUUUUUUUUUUCUAAACAUAGAUGGUGAACAUGAUACAAUGAUUUCCUUCCCUCUAUAUAUAUAUUUAUUUCAAUGAUUAAUCGUAUAAUAUUUCAAAAAAUAAUUAGGAGCAUAAAAAUAUAGUUCAGAACAAUUUCCUCUCGUCGAAUAGAAUCCUCUUAUCGAAUAGAAAAUAAAAUAAAAAUGGAAUAAUAAUUAUUCUGCACAACUUUCGUAAAACGCAAUACCUAUCUGUAACAGAGAGGAUUGUAAUAGUUUUGUUUCUCGUUUCUUUUUUUUUCUUUUUCCGAUUAAACUGAUAACAUCGCACUUUUUUUCAUACACAUCGUGCAACGAGAGAGGGGAAGCAAAACGGAAAAAAAGAAAAUACAGAAAAAGAAAAUGAAAAACAUGAAUCGAGAAUGCGUGAAUCUGUGUGAAUGGACAUGAUGAUCGAAUGAUGAUAAUUAAUUGAUACGAAUGUUCUAUGGUCGGCGAUUCGAUUAAACGAUUCCGACUUACCAGUGAGAAGUUACGAUAUUUUCUACCUGAAUGUUUGUGAGGAUCUCGGCGAAGUCUGAGCACGUCCGGGAUUUUAAGAAGUGUAAUAAUAUUAUAAUUCAUUGAUAUUGUAUAUUUUAAUCUGUUCGAAAAGAAAAGUAUGUUAUAAGAAACAUAACACUUUAAGAAAAAAAAAAGAAAAAAGAAAGAAGGAAAGAAACGAAGCAAAAAUUGUCGUUCCGACGUUUUCAGACUUUCCGGGAUCUUUUUAUAAUAACUUAUCGCGAAGAUGGCAGUCCAUCGAAUUUUCAUUUUUUAAGCCUGAUUAUUCGUGAAAAAUCUCUGGCUCUCUUCUGGCAGUCUGUCGAAUAAGGCGCUUCUUAUAUUUUAUAAUGGACGACAGAGUCUUUCCUUAAUCUUUUUUUUUCUCGUUUAGCGAGAGUUUUAUGAUCUUUACUUAACGCGAUCUAUGCGAAACCAAGCAUCGAGAAUAAAUUAUUAUUGUUGUUAGCGGCGAGCAACAACGACGAUUCGAUUAUUUAAACUAAGAAAAAAAGAGAAAGAAUUAGAAACGCGUUGCUUUAGAAAUAUUGAUAUUCUUUAAAGUUAGCUUGAUCCUAAUUCAUUAAUGAUUUUUUUAUCACUAUUUGCACGUACGUAUAUGUACGCAAACAAAUAUACUUUUCUACGAUUGUAUUUGAGAGACUGUUCAGAAAUAAUAUUAAAGAAAAAAAAAAUUAAUUCUGAUCUUAGAAAAAAUAAAAAGAAAUUAAACAAUGUAUGUACCAAUACGACGAAUGAGAAUUUUGUCACAUUUUACGGGCACAACCCGUCGAAAGAUAAAGUAAAAAGAAGAUUUGAAAAAAGAAAAAAAAAUUGAACAGGAAAUUACAAAAUAUAACCUUGUGUAACGUCAUAGGGAGAUGUGAUGUUUUUAAUUUACCAUAACCUUCGUGUUUUUUCACUUAUCAUGCUUUAUUAUACGAAAAAUUAUUUUUCGUAUAAUAUAAUUUUCGUUUAUCUUAUUAUAAAAAAUAAGAAUCUAUUCGAAUCGACAUUUUCGUUGUUCGACGUUAAACAUUUGUACGUUUUUACUCGAUUUGAUUUUAAAUUUAAGUUGAUAUAUAUAAUUUUGCACCGGAAAAUUUGUUCGUAAAACUUACAUAUAAGUUCUAAAUGUUUAUAUAAAAAAUAACGAAUAAUGUAGCAGAAAAAAUAUUUUUUAUGUACGUUUAAUACGUAUAACGGUAUAAAAAAAAUAAAGCGUCGAAACUUCAUUCAAGUUCAAACUUGAUCUUUAUAAACGUCUCUAUAUUUGACACAUCCGUGUAUUAUUAUGAAUUUAUAUAAGUAAAGUGAUUUAUAAUUUUAACAUUUAAAUUUAUGAUUUUGAUAUUUUAUUUUAAUUAUGAUUUCGUUAUAGGGAAAAAAGUUAAAAAAUACAUACAAAAAUAUUAUAAUAUAAAUUAACAAUGAAAAAUCUUCAUAUUUACUUAUUUCAAAUAUAGCACGCAUGCGCAAUGUUUGCGAGCUACUACUUAUUGUCGCGCUACAAUUGAU